AUGGUCAUGGACGCCGCGCUGCAUCUGCACGACUGGCGCGCGCCGUUGCCGCUGCCCGGCGGAUCCAAGCGCCUGCCAAUCUACACCCAAAUCCCCGCCGCCGCCGCCGCCGCCACCGGCGGCGGGUUCACCGAGGAGGAGCUCGACUCGCUGCUAUUCCUUCCCUCCGACGCUAGCGGCUACCUGAUGAAUGCCUCCCCCGCUCCCCUGACCCACUCCACGUCCGCCGACAGCGCCUCGCCUCCGAGGGAUGCCGCCUCGGUUUCAUCUUCAGCGCCGGCGGCGGCGGGACACGCCGCCCACCCGGACGACGCGGAGGCCGUCUCCGACAUCGACAUCGCCCUCGGCUACAUCGACCGCAUGCUCAUGGCCGAGGACAUCGACGAGAAGUUCGAGCACUACCCGGCGCACGCCGCGCUGCGCGAAGCCGAGCGGCCCUUCCUCGAGAUCCUCGCCGACAACCCGCCCAGCUCGGCGGCAAGCACGCUCGACAGCCCCGACUCGGCCACCAACUCCUGCACCACCCUCAGCUCCUGCACCUGUGCCGCGCCGCCCGUGCUGACACCGCCCCCAGUUCUCGAGUUCUCCGCGGCCGACUUCCUGCAGCCGGCGCAGCUGCUGUACCCGGAUCUGAGUCUGAGCCCCGACAGCUGCGUGGUCGACGCUGCCGGCGCCUGGCCGUACGACAGGACGGAGUUCUACCAGCUGCAGACCAACCCCGUGUCUGAGCCUGGCACGUUGCUCUCGCAGUCGUCCUCCUUCGCCUCUUCCAACGGCAGCAGCGGCCUUGCACUUUCAGAGGGCUUCGACUCGUUUCUCAACCCUGAUGCUGGCUUGAGCGAUUUCGUUCUGCAGAGCCAGCAGGCUUCCCAGUUCAGCCGCGGGUUCGAGGAGGGGAGCAGGUUUCUGCCUCAGGAGAGCAAGCUCGUGAUUGACGUCGACAGCUUACCCUCUGCCGCAAGCCUGCAGCAUGCCGGGGUAAAAAAGGAGAAGAAGUUCCUCGAGGUCAAGACAGAGAAGGCUGAUGCUCACCGGGGGAAGAAGCAUUUCCAUGUCGACGACUUGGAUGCAGAGGAAGGGAGGUGCAGCAAGCACUCGUCGCCGGUCAUGGACGCCGAUCACCUCAUACGCGAGAUGAUGGACAAGGUCCUGCUAUGCAACGGCGAGACGUGCUCCAAAGGCGUCAAGGAGCUGCGCGAGGCCCUGCAGCACGACGUGGCGAACCAUUCAGGCGCUGCCAAUGGCAAAGGGUCCGGCCACGGCAAGGGCCGUGGCAAGAAGCAGCCCAAGAAGGAGGUUGUUGACCUGGAGACCCUCCUCGUCCACUGCGCUCAGUCCGUGGCCUCUGACGACCGGCGGAGCGCGACUGAGCUCCUGAGGCAGAUCAGGCAGCAUUCGUGCGCCGACGGUGAUGGCGACCAGCGGUUGGCGCACUGCUUCGCCAAUGGCCUCGAGGCGAGGCUUGCUGGUACUGGAAGUCAGAUUUACAAGCUAUAUACCAUAUCGCGUUUCGCGUGCACCGAUGUGCUCAAAGCCUACCAGCUGUACCUGGCGGCUUGCCCGUUCAAGAAGAUCUCUCAUUACUUUGCCAAUCAGACCAUUCUGAAUGCUGUGGAGAAGGCCAAGAAGGUUCACAUUGUCGACUACGGCGUGUACUAUGGCUUUCAGUGGCCGUGUCUCAUUCAGCGGCUAGCUAACAGGCCUGGAGGGCCCCCAGAGCUUCGGAUCACCGGAAUUGACACGCCUCAGCCUGGGUUUCGACCUGCAGGGCGUAUAGAGGAGACCGGGAAGUAUCUAACUGAUUAUGCUCGGACCUUCAACAUCCCCUUCAAGUACCAUGGUAUCGCAUCUCAGUAUGAGGCUGUUCAGAUAGAGGAUCUCAACAUCGAGAAGGACGAGGUUCUGAUUGUCAACUGCAUGUUCAAGUUCAAGACUUUGAUGGAUGAGAGCGUGGUGGCUGACAGUCCAAGGAACAUGGUACUGAACACGAUAAGGAAGAUGAAGCCACAUGUGUUCAUUCACGGGAUCACCAAUGGAUCCUACAAUGCACCUUUCUUCGUCUCACGUUUCCGGGAGGCAUUGUUCAAUUAUUCUGCUAUGUUUGACAUGCUGGAGGCCAACAUUCCAAGGGAUAAUGAGCAGAGGCUUCUCAUCGAGUCGGCUCUGUUUAAUCGGGAGGCGAUCAAUGUAAUCUCUUGCGAGGGACUGGAGAGGAUGGAGAGGCCAGAGACGUACAAGCAAUGGCAGUCGCGGAAUCAGAGAGCUGGAUUCAAGCAGCUCCCGCUGGACCAGGGUAUCAUGAAGCGUGCGCGGGAGAAGGUGAAGUGUUACAACAAGAAUUUCAUCAUCGACGAGGACAACAAGUGGUUACUACAAGGAUGGAAGGGGCGCAUCCUGUUCGCGCUGUCAACAUGGAAGCCGAAUCACCGAUCUUCCUAGCUUCUGCGGUUUCUGUGACUGCAGAAUACUGUAAAUGGAGACCUGUUCACAUUUUUGGACUCUGGGGCUGAUUGUUCCUGGUCAACAACCUGUCUGGUAAAACCCAUUUGUUCACUAGGGAUAUGGUUCAUUUCUUUGCUGAUGCAGAUGAUGAACCUGCUUAGUUCUGUAGCAUAUGCUUGUUAUGUGCCCAUAGACGGGUAGUUUUGGCAGGAACAGUUGGUGCAUAUUUUUUUUGGUAGAACAGGCUAGGUAUGUUAAUUAUGGUAGACAUAGGUGCUUCAUGCAUGGAUCAGUCUUGUAUUAUAUUUCUUCUUCCAGUUUUAUUUAGUAACGUUUCAAGUAUCCGAUUUACUUGGUAUAUGCCUGUUGUGCUUGCUUGUAAUCUAAUUUGUAAAUAGACCUAGUGUCAUGAAGCCUAGUAUGUGAAGAAUGCAUCAUUAAGUUCUGUUGCAGGACAUAUAUA